AUGGAAUCUCUCCUCUAUGUCGUGCUGUACUGCAGCUUACUAUGGCUGGAUCACAAUCAGUCGCUGCAGGACCUGGCAAGUCGCGUGUGCGCCAUCUUCGGCAGUUUCAACACCUUCGAUCACGCUGAAGAAUUUCGAAGUAGCGGGGGCAAACUUAAGAAUCAAUAUUAUCGUAUUUUCACUUCAGGAGUUCGUUUCUCGGAUACAGCUAUUCAAGAGUGGCUACACGCGGUCAUGCGCUUUGACUCGACCUACAUGGUUGAGUACCCACGAGAUAUCGCGCUCGCGAAAGUGUGGGAGAAUCCCGCAGAGUUCAAUACCUUCUGGACAAAUUUUCUCGAUGGCCGUACAAUAUCCAACUGCGACAGAGUCUCGCGACAGUUAGCAGUACCCCGUGAACGCUCCAAUUCCUGGAGAUUAUCAAAUGUAUUGCCCCCAGCUCCCGUACGACCUCCGCGGAAGAGGCGCGCGAUCGCGAGAGAUGAACUCGUCCGCGCGAAUGCGGAAUGUAUCAUAAUCUCAGCACCCUCACUGCCUCGCCCAGAUUAUACAGGUCCUACCACGCGCUCGAUGGUGAAGCGGAGGCGGAUUGACGCACCUGAAGUCGGUGCGGGUCCCUCACUAGAUUCUGGGAUAAACUCCCGAAGCAAUCCCCGGUGUUUGAGGCCUCGCCCAGCGAAACCUGACCUCACGCAACAGGGACCCAAGAAUGACAGGUCGAGAAAACGAGCCUAG